GCCCAUGGGAGAAGGGGCUGAACUUCUUCCUGAGUCCUGGGAGCUGUCGACAAGUAGGUGGCAGCUGCAGGAGAGAACUGCUCCCAGCAACCUCCCAAGGCAUUGCCUUCAGCAAUACUGUAGGAUGGAGAGCUGGGCGGAGAGAAACCUUAGGAUGUUCCACAAGGGCAAGUGCAGAUUCCUACACCUGGUGUGGAGUAACUGCACAAAUCAAUACAGGAUAGGGACUGACUUGAUGAAAAGAAGCUGUGAGGAGAAGGAUCUAGGCAUCCUGGUGGACAGUGCCACGAGCCAGCAAUGUGCCCUUGUGGUGGAUGUGAAUGCCAGCACAUUCCCAGGAUGCAUUAAAAAGAGAAUGGCUAACAGAUUGAGGGAGGCAAUCCUCCCCCUCUACCCUGUCCUGGAGAAGCCACGUCUGGAGCGCUGUGUGACUACACAGCCACCUGAAUCCCACACCUCGUUUUCCCCUCAGCAGGGCUGCAAGCGGAAGCAAGCUGUGCCUUCAGACAGCAAAAGCAGAAACAGAUCCUACCACGGGGUCCGUCUGCCACCACUCCGUUGCCCGGAAUGCAUGCAGAUCCUUGGCAACCACAGCUCAGAGGAGGACCACGGGCAAUAGCAAGUUGUGCUGCAGGAUAGCCAGAGCCCAGACUCAUUCCUCCGUGGGUCCCGGAGCUCCAUCUGGUGAGGCAGAGGCCAAGUCUUCAGCUUCUGCUGCGGCUUCAGGUCCUGGGCCAGAGUGACACC